CCCUUUUUUAAAAUGUUUAAUUUCCAGGUUUUUGUUGAGUCUUUAAUUGUUAUUACAGUGGCGCGCACUUAACUGAUUUUGGAUUGAGGUGCCGAAAGAAGAGUAAGCGGUUGCAUUCCGAAUGCCUCGGCUACUUUUCCGUUUGCUAGGGAAAGCUCUUUGGUGCCUUGGCCUUUUGAAGAAGCGCAAAAAUGCAUCGCAAUGGAAGGGAAAAGGGAGAGGGAAAAGUUGAGAGCAGCUUCAGUAUAUGUGAUCUACCAGAUGCGAUUCUCCAGCUUAUCAUAUCCUCCCUUCCCACAAAAGAAGCAAUUCAAACGAGUAUACUCUCCAAAAGAUGGGAGCAUCUAUGGAGGGAUAUCUCCAAGAUUGAGUUGAAAGAGGGAAAACCCGAGGAAAGGCAGCAAUUCAUGCAAUUUGUGACCGGAUUGCUUGUAGCUUGUAAUUGCUCCAUUCUUGAGAAGUUUUCUCUGUCAUGCAAGGUUGGUAAGGAUGCUUCUCGGGUUAAUGAGUGGCUAUGUAGUUUCAUCAACCCUAAGAUUCAAGAACUAUGUCUUCACCUUGAAGAGAUUGAGGAACCAUUGGUCUUCCCUGACCAACUGUUUACCUGUGCCACAUUGACAAAGUUUAAAUUGGAUAUGCUGCAUGUCUUGAAGCUUCCUUCUUCCGUUCAUUUUCGGUGCCUUCGGACUUUGACUUUGUCUAACAUUAUACUCCCUGAUAGUUCUUCAGCACAACAGCUUUUCUAUGGUUGCCCAGCCUUGGAGGAUUUGUCCCUAAUCAAUUGCAAUUUGAAGAAUGUUCGAGCUGUUUGUAUUUAUUCUCCCUUGCUUCGACGGAUUUAUAUACAGGAGAAUGAAGAUAAUAUGUUGUAUGAUGAGGAUGAUUAUGAGAUAGGUCUUCUGAGUGAUACAAUUCGCUGCAAAGUACUGAUUGUUGGACCUAAUCUGAAGUCAUUUACUUAUCACGGCGAUGGAAUGAACGAUUUUUUCUUAUAUUAUUCAACCGUGAUUGAUGCCUCAAUUCAGGUUAAUUACGUCUGGUAUGUAGCUUCAGGCGAUUUCACGUUCAGAUUUCUCAACAUGCUCCCAAAUGUGGAGAAGCUUUCUAUAUCUGGGGAUUCUAUUGAGGCACUCAGCGAAAGGAUGUCUUUCAGACUACCUUUAUUUUGUAAUUUGGGUGAACUAGAUUUGAACCUAGGCAAGCCCAUAAAGUUGUUCAAUGGGUAUGAAGAAUUACUGACACUAUUGCGAAACUCGCCCUGUCUUCGGGUUCUUAGAUUUCAGGGAGCAGUUUCGCUUGAUAAACGGGAUGCAAAUUGUAUAUUUGAUCCCUUGCCUGUGUGUUUUAGUACAACCCUGAAGACGAUUGAGAUCAGUGGCAUUACUGGGAAAGAAGAAGAACUAUUUGCAAUAGAAAUAUUGUUGCAAGCGGCAUCAGUGUUGGAUAAACUUUGUAUUAAGUGUUAUUGGUUUUCGUUUGAUUUGAAUGACAAGGGUAUAGGAUUAAAAAGGUCAGAGGAGUUGUACAAGCAUAUCUUAAAGUAUCCUAAGAGGUCAAAGGAUUGUGAGAUAGAACUUGAGUAUAGUUGAGCUAUUAAACUUUCUGACUUAUGUUUUGAUGCAGCUGUAGAAUUUAAAGACUAGCCAUCCUAACAUCACAAAUUAUGUAUUUUCCAGCAAUCUUAAAAUUUGCUCA